UUUCAUCUCUAGUAAACAUUUCAUUUAAAGGCAUGGCUAUGAUUGUGUUAGUUUUGUUAACAUUUUUUUCAAGUUUACUGCAAGUUAUAAAAGGACAUAACGAAUCUUUCAUGUUCGAAAUAUACUCAACCAAUGAAAUCAAUGGCAACGAAAUAUUUACGUUUUAUCAAAUUUCUGUCAGUGAAUGUGUUUUCAAAUAUGACAAAACGUAUGGUUGUUUGUCUGUGAACUUUCACCAAGGAAACAAGACGUGUGUUCUCACCGACUACUAUCCGAACGACGGCACAAAGACAGAAGUUUCAAAGGCGGGAUGGAUUAUUUAUUUUCGAAGGACGUUCGCUAUAGACUUUGUAAAAAGAGCAGAAGCGUGGCAAUCGUCUACAUAUAUUUGGAAUGGAGUCCCUUUAACAGCAGACAAAGCCAUUGAUGGCGAUAUUAACGGUAAUGCAAAUCAGAAUUUUUGCGCUCACUUAGUCAGCAGCGACUCCUACUGGGCAAUGGCGUUUGGUACAUCUGGGCCUGUCAAGGAAGUCAAAAUCUACUUAAGGAACGAUGUCAUCGGCGACAACCACGCUACCUACACAAUUACCGUGUGCAAAAGUCGUGAUGAUGUCGUAAAUGGUAAAGGAACAUUAUGUGGCUCAUAUAAUGGACCGGAUUCUUACACACAUCCUUUCAUCUUAACAAUAACAUGUGCAAACACAAUAUUUGGAGGAUUCUUGAGAAUCAACAAAAAUUCAAAUAAUCUCUGUUUAUGUGAAGUAUUUGUUUAUCCUCCAAAGUAAAGCAAGGUCUUCUAAUUAAAACAGUUCAGUUUGAAAAAACAAACAACAUAGUUAUCCAAAAUAUUCGGAUUCCGUAACAAUCAGCAUAAUCUAUUUUUCAUCUGAAAGUCACUUCUUACAAAAAGUAUGCCUUGUUUGAAUGACCAUUCGAUGUGAUUUUAUUUUUUUUAUUUGUUAAAAAGAUAGAAUACAACCAUAAUUAACGUUUUGAUAUUAAAAUGACAAAUGUUUUGCAUCAAUGUUUUUCGGUAUUUCCUUUAUAUCCUUUAUGAAACAUUAUAAAAUACAUGUGUACUUUUUUUUAUUCUUGUAACAGUUUAACAUAAAAAAGAUGACCUGCCGAGAAUCUUUUGGAUGGCCCUGUGUUGUUUUUUUUUUGUUCGGGGGUAUGGGUGCGUUCAUUGAAUGUUGUCCUUCUUUGUUAAUCUUUGAUUUCAUGAUUUAUUGAAUAAAAUAAAGCGGUUGUUUUAUCUUUUUAUAUUUCAAACAUCGUUUGAUAUUUCUUAUUGUUAAUUAUUAGUAUAAUUGUUUCAAUUUCUUUAAAUUUCUUGUUACUUACUGAUAUAUAUGU